UCGUCAUUUGAGCCGGUAUCCCCGUUGUAACCCUUCACGGCACCUGACUCAUGUACAUCUUACAGCUGUAGGACAAAAGACCUUGGGUAUUUCGUCGGAUUGUGGAUGAUUGUUGCAUCACUUGGUUACUUUCAAAAAUACAUAAACGAAAGUUGCUACCUUAGGAGACAGGACUAAGCACAACCAAGCUUCGAAAAGAAGGGAUGACUGCAACGUUGUGUUCUAUGCGGCCACAGUAAUCAGAGAAAGCGAUCUAUUUAAAGCCCCAUAGACUGGCAGCUGGUCUUGUCAAACCUUGUUCUCGACCAUCAGGGAUCUUCACUGUUUUACAGCUCCGUCGAACACCAUCAUGGUCGGAUCGUGCUGCGGUCUCAGAUUCUGACUAUGGGAGCGGCGGAUAAGCCGUCAUCGUGCCAUCGUCCCAUUCUGUCAUCCUGCCCGCACCUUGCGCGGACGACUGCAUACCGUAUAAGCAGCCUCAUCUUUUGCUGUCUUGCUUGUUGCAUUGGAGUCAACUGUCUCCUUAAAAGGGAGGCUUGGACAAAAAUAUGUACUGUCGGUAACUGCUUCUAGAACUAUAGAGUCUAUCGCCC